AUGAACUAAAUUAUAUUUGAUGAGGAUUAAAUCCAUAACAAUACUUGGGAUGAAUACUCAAACUAGUUAAUAUGUGAAUCACCAAUCCUAUUUGGAAUUCCAUAUCGUAGAAAAAUAAAUGAAGAUCAACUUUCUGUUAUUUAUCUGGAUUAUCAAUCUAACACCUCAGAGAAUUAAUAAAGUAAUGAAAAGAAAUAUCAAACUCCUCAUACUUUAAAGAGGAUUUAAAAAAAAUCUAAAAAAUUUAAUGCAAAGUUCAAAACAAAAUAAAUCUCUUUGAAUAAUAUUAUUGAAGAAUUUACUACUUUUGUUCAUUUUUCAGCUGAAAGUAAAAAUGAAUAAAUUCAUUAUUGUUAAAAGAUGAGAAUGAUGCUUGAAAAUCUAGAAUCCAUAUUGUUCUCAAUAAAAUAAGAAAUUUUGGAUUAAUAUCAAAAGAAACUAUCUAUGAAUAAUUGA